UCUGCUCCCCUCCGCCAUUGCUGUGCUCUCUCCGGCUCCCCGCUCCUCUCUGUUCUAGCUGUCAGAUUUCGCAAGAACCUUCGUACCGUGCGAUCUCUCCUCGGUAUCGUCGGCUCAGAUGGUUGAUCUGUAGAGCGAGACGCCGAGGUUGCAGGGGACGGAGUGCGCGCGCGAUUGUAGAACCAGGAGCCGAGGAAGAGAGAGUGGAGGACGCCGAUUCGAUGCGUGGCUCCGCGGAGGCCGUCGCGGUUGCUCGAGAUGUCGCGUCGUCGAGCCCGUCGAAGCCAGCGCCGGCAUUGGACAUGAUGAGAUUCCAGAGGCCUAGCUCGGAUUGCCUCCCGCUCCCCAAUGGCAUCGCCGCCGCCGGCAGUGGUAGCGGCAGCAGGAAGCCGCCGGCCGCGCCGGCCCCGAGAUCGAGCAAGGACGACGCCUCGCCGGCCGUCGCCACCGACAGCUCCCGCCUCGCGGCGUUCCUGGCCUCGACAUCGCUCGAGCCCAAGCCGCGCGCUCGCGCCCCUCAGCCGCCGGCGCAGGCCGCGCCGUCCUCGUCGGUCGCCACCGCCGCCGCGACCCGGAGCCCGGCGCGCGACCACGGCAACAACCAACACCACCUCUCCGACUUCUCCGACCCGGCCUCCCCAAGCGCCGCCGUCGCCGGUGGCGGCGGCGAGGUGCUGCUCCAGUGGGGCCAGAACAAGCGCCUGCGCGGCCGCCGCGACGGCGCGUCCGGGAGCGGCGCCUCGCCGCUGCGCGGUCAGCAGAGCGCCAAGAUCCAGCGCCGCUCGCCCGUGCCCGCGGACAAGCUGCUGAUGCCGCCCCCGAGCGGGCCCUCCUACACCCGCGGCUCCAACCUCCGCUCCGCCUCGCCUCUCCCGUCGCGCUCCGGCGCCGGCAUCGGGACCUCCGACGCGCACCACGGCCGCGGUGCCCUCCCCCACCACCACAGAUCGGCGGAGGAGCAGCGAGCCGGGGGGAAGCCGUCAGCGGCGGCGGCGGCGGGGAAGCAGCAGCGGCAGGCGGCGGACAAGGCGCACAAGGCGGGCCUGGGCCCGGUGAUGGGCCUGGGCGUCCCGGACCCGAAGCAGCAGCAGCAGCAGCAGGGCGGCAGCGGCAGCCAGCAGCAGCAGCAGGCCGGCGGCGCGGGGGCGUCGUCGUCGGCGAAGCCGACGCCGAAGCUGGAGCUGCCGCGGAUCUACACCACGCUGUCGCGCAAGGAGAAGGAGGAGGAUUUCAUGGCGAUGAAGGGCACCAAACUGCCGCAGCGCCCCAAGAGGCGGCCCAAGAACGUCGAGAAGGCGGUCAAUUUCAUCUGCCCGGGGACAUGGCUGACGGACGUGACGAGGAGCAGGUACGAGGUGCGCGAGAAGAAGUGCCCCAAGAAGCAACAGAAGCACCGGGGCCUGAAAGGGAUGGAGAGCAUGGACAGCGACUCCGACUGACCGACGACGAGGAGACCUGCGUUGCCGGGCCAAAGGGUGGUGGCGGCGAGGGAGAACUCAGAGUCGUGGUUUCGGAGGACACUGGUGGAGAAGAAGAGGAAGCGAAGCAGAAGAAGACGAGGAAGAGAAGAUGAAGUGAAGCAGAAGAAGGGGACGAGAAGAGCAAAGGAAGACGAGAGGAGAGCGUGUUCAACAAGCAGGCUCUCUUUGUCAGCGCUGGUCUGAGGCAAAAAAAAAGCAAAAAAAACUUUUUUUUUCCUUUUUCAGGUUAAUCAUAGAGGCGCCGUGCUAAUUGCCUCGAUUCCAUUUUGUAUAUCUGGGUAGUGAGGUCCUAGCCGGCGUCUUUCUUUUCCUUUUCUCUUUCUUUUUGGGUUGACAUUCGGUGGUUUACCUGGUCUUGCCCGCCGUCUUGGUGGUGGGUUGUGCAUACUGUCGGACAACCAGACUCAAUAGUCUCAGCAAGAGGAAACAAGAAGACUUUUAGGAUA